AGAAAAUACAUAAAUAAUAUGUAAAACUGUCAGGUAGCGAUACACUGGUGUUUGUCUGCGCUACUCAAUUAUUAGAAUAUCAAUUUAGAACAACUUUAUCAUAAACUUCAUAUACAUUACUCCUUAUGACAUAAUUGAAACGGCGAACAAUGACGUAAUAGGGUUAUUGGCGUAAUUCAAUCAUUUUUAAGGUGCUAUCGCUUUCCACCUAAAGUUUAAGGAGGAAUAUUUGAAUAAUAUUCCGUGGUGACAUGCAGCACACUGGCACACAGCCGCGCGGCUUCACACAGUUCGAGCUAGACUUGGUGGCCGACUCCACCUACUUCCAGCGCGCACCACCUAAGUGUGAGGACCAGGGAAGGGUGUACGACGCGGUGUUUCAUCCCAGACAGGGCUACGACCCCAGGGUGUCUCGGGAUGACAAGGCUGUUAACCUGACUCUGAACAUCUACAAGGAGGAAAGGUCUCGCCAGGUGCCCGUCCUCUCGUCCAGUGUGUACGGUUGGCGUGUGAACAAGCCCCUUGAGCCCCCUUACAAAAAGAACGUCCGUGUGCAGUUGAUCAAGAAGGGUUUCUUCCGCUCUCGAGGGACCGGCAUCCCCCUGCAGACAGAGAUGGCAGAGCUGAAUUAAAAAUGUUGACUUCAAUAAAACAUGAACUGCAUAGUUUUAAUCAG